AUGCCAUAUCCAAAGGUGUCUAUAAGGUUCUGCACCAGAUGCAAAUGGAAUUUGCGUAGUGCAUGGUACGUGCAAGAGCUUUUGCAAACUUUCCAGGACUCUUUAGCAGAGGUAUCGUUGAUUCCCGGUGAAACAGGCGAAUUUCGAGUGCUGGGAUACAAGACGGAGGAAGGGGAUGAAGUUGUGUUGUGGGACCGUAAGAUUGACGGGGGGUUCCCAGAUAGCAAGUUUUUGAAACAGAGAGUCAAAUCGCGUCUUUUGGAGGAUGUUAGCGUUGGUGCUCAUGUGGCAAGGGAGACGAAAUCUACGACUCUGGUUUCCGGUGAAGAGUGUGGACAAUGCGUUGAUUGCGUUUAA